AUGGUAGAACAUGAAGAUGGACUUGAGACCCAUGCCGCCGCCGCCGCCGCGGCGCCUUCGACCCCCCCCGGAGGCGGGGGGGCGGGGCUGGGCGCCGAGGCCCCGCCCCCUUACUCGCCAUUGGGCAGCCCCGAGGCGGGGGCGGGGCCGGCGGUCACGUGCCGCGUGUGUCAGAGCCGCGUCAGCGUCGCGGGCAAAACGCACCAGCACGUGGUGAAGUGUCCGGGCUGCCACGAGGCCACGCCCAUCCGCACGGCCCCCGGCGGCAAGAAGUACGUGCGCUGCCCCUGCAACUGCCUGCUGGUCUGCAAGGCCUCGUCCCAGCGCAUCGCCUGCCCCCGGCCCUACUGUAAACGCAUCAUCAACCUGGGCCCGGUGCAGGCCGGAGCCCCCAGCCCCGACCCCCAACCGGGGGGGGCGCGGGUCGCCUGCGGCCACUGCGGGAGCCCCUUCCUGUGGACGGAGUUCUCGGAACGGACGUUGGCCCGGUGCCCCCACUGCCGCAAAGUGUCGGCCGUGGGGCGUCGCUACCCCCGGAGACGCUGCGUCUGCUGCUUCCUGCUGGGGCUGCUGAUGGCGGCGGCCGGGGCCGGACUGGCGGUGGGCACGUGGGCGGCGGCCCGGCGCUCGGGGGGGCUCCACGCCGCCUGGGCCCUGCUGGCGGCCGCCGCCGGCGCCUGCCUGCUCCGCGCCGGCUACUGGGGCUGCGUCCGCGUGAGCCACCCGCUGCCCGGCCCCGCCUGAACACGCCUCGACACGCCUCGACACGGCUCCACGCGUCACGUCCCGCGAGCUUCUGGCACCUGGACACGGCUCGACACGCUUCGGCGCGUCUCA